GCAAGCAGCAAGCUUUCACAUUCUGUAGCUUGGAAAAACUGCUCUCCGGAACUCCUUAUUUCCCACAACCCCGCGCGAGCGAGGACGGAACUACCAAUGUUAAAAUAGCCGAGUUUACUAUCUCGUUCUCUUAAUAUAACUGGCGAUACAGCCAACGAUAAUGGGUGCGCUCACCGAUAUAAAUUCUGUGCAGAAUCUGACCAGCCUAGCCAAUGAUCUUCUAAGAAUGAUCUCGGUGAACGCACCCAUAAUAUAAUGAUGCUGCUUCCGCCCCUUGCGUUCUUCAUUUCCAGGUGAUCCAGUGUCUGUAUUACUGAAAGCUGCUGCUAGGCAAGCGGGUGCUGUUUGGAGUGCUCGUGUCAAGCGACAGUAAAGCAAGUGUUGAGGAGCGUUCACCAGUGUGAAAAGGCAACAUGGGCGAAAACAGCCCUAACACUGGCGAAGAAAAGCUGGAUCAGGCAAUCAAGCAAUGGUUGAAACACGAUAAGAACCCCAAAACGUCUGAGACAGUUCAGCAGCUGGUGGCUGAGGGCAAUGUGGAGGAGCUUCGAGUUUCCUUCGGCUCCCGGAUGGAGUUCGGAACUGCAGGCCUCAGGGCAGCCAUGGGUGCAGGAACAUCCCGAAUGAACGACCUGACCAUCAUCCAGACAACACAGGGCUUUUGCAGUUACUUGGAGAAGAAUUUCCCAGACCUGGAGGAAAGAGGAGUCGUUAUUGGAUUUGAUGCUCGAGCCCACCCUCCAAGUGGAAGCAGCAGCAUUAGGUUUGCAAAGUUAGCUGCAGCUGUUUUCAUCAGCCAUGGAGUUCCAGUGUAUCUCUUCUCAGACAUCACUCCAACUCCAUUUGUGCCAUAUACAGUGACUCAUCUGAGUCUGUGUGCUGGGAUUAUGGUGACGGCUUCUCACAAUCCAAAACAGGACAAUGGCUACAAGGUUUAUUGGGCCAAUGGAGCUCAGAUCAUCUCUCCACAUGACAAAGGGAUUGCCAGUGCCAUUGAAGAGAACGUGGAGCCCUGGCCUCAGUCCUGGGAUGAAACUAUCAUUAAAGACAGCCCUCUUUUAAAGGAUCCUUAUGCGGACAUCAACAGGGAUUAUUUUCAGGAUAUACAGAAACACUGCUUUCACAGGGAAAUUAACAAGGCGUCUGAAGUUAAAUUUGUCCACACAUCUGUGCAUGGAGUAGGACACACAUUUGUUCAGUCAGCUUUCAAGGCAUUUGACUUUGCCCCACCAUUGGCAGUUGCAGAGCAGAAAGAUCCAGAUCCAGAGUUCUCAACUGUGAAGUACCCUAACCCUGAGGAAGGCAAAGACGUGCUGACGUUGUCUUUUGCGUUGGCGGACAAAGAAGGAGCUAAAAUUGUUCUGGCAAAUGACCCUGAUGCUGAUCGCCUUGCAGUAGCUGAGAAACAAGACUGUGGAGAGUGGAAAGUGUUCUCAGGAAAUGAGUUAGGUACCUUGUUAGGCUGGUGGAUCUUCACCUGUUGGAAAGAGCAGAACACAGACCCUUGUGCUUUAAAGGACGUCUACAUGCUGGCCAGCACAGUGUCUUCAAAAAUCCUCAGAGCCAUUGCGCUGAAAGAGGGAUUCCACUUUGAGGAAACAUUGACAGGGUUUAAGUGGAUGGGAAACCGAGCGAAGCAGCUCUUGGACCAGAGGAAGACUGUUCUCUUUGCUUUUGAAGAGGCUAUAGGAUAUAUGUGCAGCCCUUCUGUUCUUGAUAAAGAUGGUGUCAGUGCCGCUGCUGUAACUGCAGAGCUGUCCAGCUAUCUUGCAAACAGGAAUGUGACCCUGUCCCAGCAGCUGAAAGCAAUCUACGAAGAGUACGGCUACCAUAUUACCAAGGCCUCCUACUUCAUCUGCCACGAUUCAAAGACUAUCAAACAAUUAUUUGAAAGGCUGCGAAAUUUUGAAGGAGAAAACACAUACCCCAGAACAUGUGGAGGCUUUGAAGUAUGCGGAGUAAGAGAUUUAACAACUGGCUAUGACAGCAGUCAAGCCAACAAGAAAGCAGUGCUCCCUUCCAGUAAGAGCAGUCAGAUGAUAACAUUUACCUUCUCUAAUGGUGGAGUAGCUACAAUGAGGACCAGUGGAACAGAACCCAAAAUCAAGUACUACACUGAGCUCUGUGCACCACCCGGGAACAGUGACCCCGAGCAGCUAAAAGUAGAACUGAACAGCUUGGUGGAUGCAAUUGUGGAACAUUUCUUUCAACCACAAAAGAAUAAUCUUAAAGCGCAGCCACAGUAGAGUACUGUAAUUCUACAGAGAAACGGAGAGCCUUAAACCAUUGAGCGUGUAACUGAGAAGUGUAGUAUGGCAUAUAUACACAGUAGAGGGCAUUUUAAACUUUGAAUGCACAUUUCAACAGCCUAGAACAAAUUGAUAUACCAUAAAUAUUGUAUAAUACUGGCACAUUUGAGUUGCUGAAGUAACAUUUUUGAAUUUUUUAACCAGGUAUAGAUCUUUGAACACAGAACACAAGCAAACGGAAGUCUCCAGGGCAGUUUAAACUUCUGUAUGAUGUCCUCCAGUCUUUCUCUUUUAUGGCAAAUCAUUAUUUUAGCAAACAAGGUAUGAUAAUGAAGUCUUUCAAAUCGAUUUCUUCCAGCGUAUUAGCAUGAGCAUCUUAAGCAGUGCCUCUCCCUCUCAUUGUGAUCAAAAUCUUUAGGUUAUUUUUUACUUUUUCAAGUUAAAACAGAUACUGCACUGCUGCCGUUUACAUUAAGCACUAACAAUGUAGUUGUGAACCUUGGCUCUUCCCAAUUUUUGAUUUAUGUUAUUUAACUCGUUUUAAUAUUAUAUAAUUAAUAUUAUAUAUUAGUUUGUUUUUUUUUUUAAAUGUACUGUACAUAUUUUUGGUAACAGCAUUAGCUUUAUGAAAGGUGCAGCUGUUAAUAUAUAUACAGUUUACAAAUAUAUAUAAACCUUGGAUAGCAGGGACAGUCAUUUCUGUUCUCAAAACUUGCCUUAAUCAGCUUUCUUCAUUCCACUUCAUUGAACAUGACAGAGGUGUCCUGUUCUGAAAAGUUGUAGGUGCAGUAUACAGAUAUUGCCUCGUCGUAAUUUAUGUACCACUGUCUCACCUAAAGUGUGUUGUUGCUAACAUGAUUUCACUCUCGUCACAAAAAUAAAAAAAGGGUGAAACAUGCUUUUUAAGACGUUUUAAUUUAAACAGUGUGCUAUGUGCUUAUACUGGUUAAGUCCAAGUUGUCUCACAUGGAAGCCACUGCUAAAAAUAAACCCUGUUGAAUUUAAUCAUAUUUUUUGCGUCUUUUUUUUGUUUUUCAAACUAUGCCUGUAUAAUCUUUUUCAAAGAAUAGAAAACAAUUGUAAUUUACUGGAUGGGUGGAUCUGUGUACCUCGUUUUUUCUGUUAAACUUGCUGAAAAGCAUAGGCUAAUCAUUCUUAAACCUUACAAAUGUAUUUCAAUAAAGAGAUGGCUUAAACAUUA